ACUUUGUGAAAAUCAAACAACUUCAUCUUCUUCAAUUUGGAGCCCUUCUUCUUCAGUCAAACGAAUCUCUCUUCUUCUUCCUUAGCGGUCAUAUCCUAAUCGCCGCUGAAAAUCGCCUGAGAUGUCUACCGAUAACUCGAGGGAAGUUAGCCGGAAACGCAGCCUCGGCGCGGACGCGUCCAAUCGGAAGGAAGCCCUAGAGCGGCUAAAAGCUAUUCGGCAAGGAGGACUCCGUAACGGUGGUGGUUACGAUAUUAGGCUGGAAGAGCCUAUUUACGAUACAUUCGGUGAUGAAGAGUACCAAACCCUUGUUUCCCGACGGCGUGAGGAAGCUCGCGGUUUUGUAGUCAACGAUGAGGAAGGUGGCGAUUUGGGAUAUGUCGACGAAGGUGAAGAGGAGGAUUGGUCGAAGCCCAGUGGAUUAGAGUCGAGUGAUGAUGAAUCGGACGAUGGUGGUGAGAGGAGGAGGAAGAGUGAGAAGAUUAAGAAGAAGAAGGUGAAUGUGUCGCUUAAGGCUGCGGCUACUAUUACAGGUGAAGGGAGACUUUCUUCAAUGUUUACGAGUUCGAGUUUUAAGAAGGGUAAAGAGAUUGAUAAGGUUAAAUCUGAGGGUAUUCUUGAUGAGGUAUUAGCUGAGUUUACUCCUGAUGAUAUUGAUAGAGAAAGGCAUAAGCGAAGGAAACUACCAGCUACAUUGAAUAAGAAUCUGGUUCAUGUUACCUCGAGAAUGGAUUCGGAAUCCACAGUAGUAUCGAUUGUUUCCAUGGGGAAAGAGUUGAUUGAAGAGGAAGUAGUGACAGAGUUUGUUGAAGUCAUCCCUCAGAAUGAUUCUAGACAAAGUGAUGUCAGUGGCAAUGAGGUAUUUACAUUGAAUGCAGCUAUUGAUAUGAAAGAAAAGGAUCCGGCUUUAAGUGCCACUGCUGCUUGGAAGGAAGCUAUGGGAAAAGGUGGAACUGAGAAUGAGGUUCCAUUUGGUUCUGAUUGUGAAUGUCAAACGGAAUUUGAUUUGGAUGCUGAUGGAUCACUUCGUUUUUACAUUAUUGACGCUUAUGAGGAGGCUUUUGGUGCUAGUAUGGGUACAAUACAUCUGUUUGGGAAGGUUAAAAUAGGAGAUACGUACAAGAGUUGCUGUGUGGUAGUUAAGAAUAUCCAGAGAUGUGUUUACGCUAUUCCAAAUGAUUCUAUAUUUCCUUCCCAUGAACUAAUGACGCUUGAGCAAGAGGUGAAAGAGUCUCGACUUUCUCCUGAAUCCUUCCGAGGGAAGUUACAUGAAAUGGCAUCAAAACUGAAGAAGGAAAUUUCCCAGCAAUUGUUACAACUCAAUGUUUCAAAUUAUAGCAUGGCAAUUGUCAAGAGAAACUAUGCAUUUGACAGGCCUGAUGUGCCUGCUGGGGAACAAUAUGUUUUGAAGAUUAAUUAUCCGUUUAAGGAUCCUCCACUUCCAGAAGACCUUAAAGGGGAAUCUUUUUGCGCUGUGCUCGGCUCUCACACCAGUGCGUUGGAGCUUUUUGUCCUUAAAAGGAAGAUCAUGGGACCUUCUUGGCUUAAAAUUUCAAUAUUUUCUGCCACUUCACCAUCUCAACGAGUGAGCUGGUGCAAGUUUGAGAUUACUGUUGAAUCUCCCAAGGUUAUCACCGUUUCAGUUCCGGAGGAAAAAACGGUUCAUCCUCCUGCUGUCGUUACAGCCAUUAACUUAAAGACUAUAGUCAAUGAAAAGCAGAACAUCAGCGAAAUUGUCUCUGCGUCUGUUCUCUGCUUUCAUAACGCCAAGAUUGAUGUUCCAAUGCCAGGUCCAGAAAGAAAGCGAUCUGGUGUUCUGAGUCAUUUCACUGUAGUCAGGAAUCCUGAAGGAACCGGCUACCCAAUUGGUUGGAAAAAAGAAGUGGUUGACAGAAAUUCAAAGAACGGCUGCAGUGUUUUAAGUUUUGAAAACAGUGAAAGAGCAUUGCUGAACCGAUUGUUUCUGGAGUUGAACAAAUUGGACAGUGAUAUUCUUGUGGGACAUAAUAUAUCAGGUUUUGAUCUGGAUGUCCUUCUCCAAAGAGCUCAGGCUUGCAAAGUUUUGAGUAGCAUGUGGUCCAAAAUUGGCCGUCUUAAACGCUCUUUCAUGCCUAAGCUUAAAGGGAACACUAAUUUUGGAUCCGGAGCUACACCAGGGCUUAUGUCUUGCAUUGCUGGAAGACUCUUAUGUGAUACAGAUCUAUGUUCUCGUGACUUGUUGAAGCAGGUCAGUUAUUCAUUAACAGACCUUGCAAAGACACAGCUGAACCGGGACAGAAAAGAGAUAUCGCCUAAUGAUAUUCCCAAAAUGUUUCAGUCAUCUAAAACACUUGUGGAACUUAUUGAAUGUGGUGAGACAGAUGCAUGGUUAUCCAUGGAGCUCAUGUUUCAUCUUAGCGUUCUUCCUCUCACUCUCCAGCUUACCAACAUAAGUGGCAAUCUCUGGGGUAAAACUCUUCAGGGAGCCAGGGCGCAAAGAAAUGAAUACUACUUACUACAUACAUUCCACUCGAAAAAGUAUAUUCUCCCAGACAAACUUUCGCAACAUAUCAAGGAAAGAAAGUCAUCAAAUAGAAGAAUCAAUCAUGGUCCAGAAGACCACAGUUUAGAUGAAUUGGAUGUUGACUUGGCUUCGGAAAAUGAUCCGUCUAAGGACAACAAAACAAAGAAGGGUCCAGCCUACGCUGGUGGAUUGGUCUUGGAGCCAAAGAAAGGCCUAUAUGACAAAUAUGUGUUGCUUCUCGAUUUCAGUAGUCUUUACCCGUCUAUUAUACAGGAAUAUAAUAUCUGUUUCACGACUAUACCACGAUCAGAAGACGGAGUUCCUCGUUUACCUUCUAGUCAGACACCUGGAAUUCUUCCAAAGUUGAUGGAACAUUUGGUCAGUAUAAGGAAAUCCGUCAAACUAAAGAUGAAGAAGGAAACAGGUCUCAAGUGCCGAGAGCUUGACAUUCGGCAGGAUGCAUUAAAGCUCACAGCCAAUAGUUUGUACGGAUAUCUUGGGUUUUCUAAUUCAAGAUUCUACGCUAAGCCUCUAGCAGAGCUCAUAACACUACAGGGAAGGGAGAUCCUGCAAAGAACCGUUGAUCUUGUCCAGAAUCAUCUAAACCUAGAGGUGAUUUAUGGUGACACAGAUUCAAUCAUGAUUCACAGUGGACUAGAUGAUAUUGAAGAGGUCAAAGCCAUUGGUGCAAAAGUCAUCCAAGAGGUCAAUAAGAAGUAUAGAUGUCUGAAGAUUGAAUGUGAUGGCAUAUAUAAGAGAAUGCUUCUUCUUAGGAAAAAGAAGUAUGCCGCCAUCAAGUUGCAGUUCAAGGACGGGAAGAUUUGCGAGGACAUUGAAAGGAAAGGUGUGGACAUGGUUCGUCGAGAUUGGAGCUUGCUCUCCAAGGAAAUUGGAGAUUUAUGCUUGGCUAAAAUCUUGUAUGGAGGGUCGUGUGAGGAUGUUGUUGAAGCAAUUCAUACCGAACUUGUGAAGAUAAAAGAGGAAAUGAGAAAUGGGCAAGUUGCACUUGAGAAGUAUGUCAUCACCAAGGCAUUGACUAAGUCACCCGAAGCUUAUCCAGAUUCCAAAAGCCAACCACACGUUCAGGUCGCCCUCAGAAUGAGGCAACGUGGUUAUAAAGAAGGUUUCAGUGCUAAGAAUACCGUACCGUAUAUUAUCUGCUAUGAACAGGGUAAUACUAGUUUAGCAAGCUCAGCAGGGAUUGCUGAACGUGCUAGGCAUCCUGAUGAGGUGAAAUCAGACGACAGCAGAUGGUUGGUUGACAUAGAUUAUUACUUGGCACAGCAGAUUCAUCCAGUGGUAUCUCGUUUAUGCGCAGAGAUUCAGGGCACAAGUCCUGAGAGAUUAGCCGAGUGUUUAGGACUUGACCCAUCAAAGUAUCGAAGCAGAUCAAACGUUACUACGGGCAGUGAUCCUUCUACAUCUCUCUUGUUUGCUACAAGCGAGCAAGAAAGAUAUAAAAGCUGUGAGCCAUUAGCAUUAGCAUGCCCUAGCUGCUCAGCUGCUUUCACCUGUCCAUCGAUUACUAGCUCAGUUUGUGCGCCGAUCAGUUACAAAACUGAAACAGAGGAAUCUGAUUCUAUAUUCUGGCUUAAACUGCAUUGCCCGAAAUGCGAAGCAGAAGGUAGCACAAGAAGAAUAUCCCCUGCAAUGAUAGCUAACCAGGUGAAAAGGCAGAUUGAUGGGUUUGUGUCAAUGUACUACAAAGGCAUAAUGAUGUGUGACGAUGAGUCUUGCAAAUACACAACACGCAGCCCCAACUUUCGUCUGCUCGGUGACCGUGAACGGGGAACAGUUUGCCCAAACUAUCCUAAUUGUAAUGGAACCCUCUUAAGAAAGUACACUGAAGCAGACUUGUACAGGCAGCUAUCAUACUUUUGCCACAUCUUAGACACACAAUGCUCUCUAGAAAAGCAGAUGGAUGUUGGUGUCAGAAUUCAAGUAGAGAAAGCAAUGACGAAGAUAAGACCUGCGGUUGAGUCAGCAGCAUCCAUGGCUCGAAGUAUACGAGACCGGUGUGCGUACGGAUGGCUGCAACUGACAGACAUAGCCAUUUGAUAGUUGUAAAUUUGUAAUAACCAAUUCAUGUAGUUAAAAUUAUAUCAUCUUUUGACAUCAUUAGAAUUUAUAAAUCAUGCUACUCAUUUUGUCUAGUGUUGGACUUGCUCCUUUGUUGCUCCCCAUCCAUCCAUAUACUACUGUAUUUUACAAGUGAUACUGAUCAAGAAAAAGAAGUUAAGACUCAA